CAGGACAUGCCAACUGGCGCAGACUAUCCCAUCACAAGUCUCUCCAUUGACCACGAGGGCUCCCUGCUAGUUGCUGGAUGUGGUGAUGGAACCAUCCGGGUCUAUGACCGUCGGCUACCACCUGCAGACUGCCGCAUCAUGACACUUCGGGAGCACAACAGCUGGAUUGUGAAUGUGCAUCUAAAUGUCAGAGAGCGCCGCAUCACCAGUGGCUGCGUGACCGGCGAUGUGCGCUUCUGGGAGCUGGGUCAGAGCUGCUCAACGCACACGGUCUCCACACAUGUCGACAUGACUGCCAUGGCCGUCCACCCAGUCUUUGACGUGUUUGCAUGUGGGUCGGCCAGCCAGCAGAUCAGUGUUUUCAACAAGGAGGGGGACAACAUGGGCUCCAUUCGUCACCACGACUGGUUCAUCAACCAGCGCGUCGGUCCAGUCUCCUGCCUGGCCUUCCACCCGUACAAGAUGUGCCUGGCGUCGGGAAGCACGGACUCCAUCAUCGGAGUCUACACAACCGACCGCAAGCACUGAUGGAGCCAAGCAGACCGUGCCUUAAAGGACGUGGAAAGGGAGAUGCGAUGACUGCACUCAGUGCACAUCGGCAGGCGCUCUCGAGUCUACUGUGCCAUUCUUUGUAAAUGUCAAAAGGGGAUGAGCAGUUGCAUUGGUAGUGCUUGAAGCCUGUUCACCAGCGCCAACUGCUCUCUCUGAUCGGGGAAUCGGAAAUGAUGCCCUGUAUCCCCGCUGUUGAUCAGUUCUGUGCCUCUCACUGAGUUUAUUGCUUGUAGCUGCCGCAGCAAUCUUUUUUCCUGGGGCACACUGUUUGUGAGGCUAGCGUUGUAGUUAGCCACGUGGCUAGUGCCAUCUCAUCACCUGUGGUUCGGAUCCAUUCUGCUUGUAAACUAGUGCUUGCAGGAGAUUGUCAUGAAGACUUGCCACUUCGGCACCGUGAGUCUGACUGACUCAACUUAUCUGUCGCUGAACGUUUGGUCAAUGUGGCCCUUUCUGCAGUGGCAGUCUGACAGAUAGCCAUGGAAUGGUGUUGCUAGCUAGAAGUGCUUGGGGAGAAAAAGAAUGCAAAUUGGGAGUUCUUGUGAAAGCAGCCAGGAGUGUCAUGAAGUACCUGUCACGGAUGUGCCUAGUCAAAGUGUGGAAGCUGUUUGCCAACUGUUAAAGGUUGUUUUGACUGUGCUUGUUGCUGAGCGGGAAGCUGACUAGAAAGUGUGUACAGGGAAUGUGACGGAAGUUGAUGAUUUUGUGUUUCUUUUUUGAAGCUAGUAGAGCUGGCUGUUUUAGUUAUUGCAUAUAAAUAUUUCUUAUAGAAGGCAUGCUAGGCAGCUUUUUCUGUUGCUUGGGAAACAUUCAUCAUGUGUCAUAGUGUUCAUCCAAAACUGUCAUUUUGUACUUUUGAACUUAUCUGUUUCAGACAUUGUGGAUGAACUGAAGAAGUCCGACGCAUUUCUGUUCAGUGAAAGUCUCUGUUUGAACUUUUUCUGUGACAUAGCAGUGUUGGUCUGUUCAAGCAACUUGUCUUCAUUAAACCCACUGCAUCUUUUAUUAUAUUAUAUAGCCAUUCUGGGUGUAAAAUGUUGUUUGUUCCUUCUGUAUUUUUAAGGUGGACAGCACUUGGAAUAAUGUAAAAAAAAGUAUACAAACCAUUUGUUGAAUUUACCAAGUAGUACCUCUUGCAUGUGCUUUGUUCUGUACAUAAGUCGCUGCACCUUGCACAAAAUCGUGUUGACAACAUAAGUGAAAGAAAGGCUUAAUGACAGUCUUUAUUGUUAUGUAAUUUAUCCAAGAGCCAAGUGACACGAAAAUUGCUCAUCAAUUUAGCGCAUAAUAUCUCAUGUGUGGACUUUAGCUUGCAGAUUAUGAGGACUGCAAUGAGGAAACCAAGCCAAUAUCAGCAGAGCAUUGUCCAAGGAGCUGGUAUGCUUGGACUAUCACAUUCAAUAUGAGCUGCCACGUACUAGCCGUGAUAGGAGCAACGCUCUCGAGAAAAUGGUGGAGAGGGUUUCCCCAUUCCAGCAAUGCACACGCUUUCUGAUGUCUGCUUUCUUUGUGGAGCGAUAAUACACUUGCCUAUCAAGCAGCUGUCACUCCAUCAUGAAAUAAAAAGAGAGAGAGAAAAAAGAGAAUAGUUACGAAGCUGCAGAAGUGGCAUGCCAUGACGAAGCACGUUGUGCUAAGGGCUAAAGGACAUCAGCGCUGGCCAGUGUAUUAUCAUUCCAUGAAGAAAGCAGACAAUCGAAAGCACAGCGGUAUGUUCAUUGCCAGAAUGGCGAGGACCUCGCCACUUGCGUCACAGCGCAAUGCAGCUCAUAUUGAAUGUGACAUUGGCAACACAUGCAAGAACAGCAUUGGCCGGAAUGGUAGAUGUGCUUUCACAGCUGGGGUGCUGAAAAAGAAAUACAAAAAUGGUCCCCUAACUCUGCAGUCCUCCUCUUAGCUAGUCAUUAACAAAAUAAAAUAAUCUUGCAUCAGGAUGUUAUUAGCUUUAACGGGGGAGUAUUUUCGUGGUUUUAAAGCCAUCUCGAAAUGCAGGGCAGACACUAGCUAUGCGAACAAAGGACGUAGAAAACUAUUAAUGGGAGGCAGGCACUUAUUCAAGUGCUAUCUUACGGUGAAGCUUAGAAUGUACAAAUCUCAGUGUGCAAAUGCAGCCAGAGACAUAGUGCAAUGUCUAAUAUGUACACCUCUGAUUCGUAUUUUUCAUGGCUCUUGAGCCUUUGCUUAGUGCACACACACAAAAAAAAAGGAAAUUGAAUAGAGAGCUUUCAUUUGUGUUCUACGGUUUAGUAAAAAAAAUGCAUCAUUAGGUUUAACCUCUUAACUGCUGAUGACGCGAUAACUUGUCAUUACAAGCGUCCUGUAGUGCCGAUGACGACUUCACUCAUCGUGAAUUUUUGCCAAUUUUUGCACAACUAUUGCGAAAAUAUUUGCAAAAGAAAUUUGUGAAAAAAAUGAUGCAAAAUAUGCAGGUCAUGAAAAAAUUCGGGACUUGUAAAAAUUUUUUCGGGAUUUGUCACGGCGGUUAAGGGGUUAACGAGUGCUUCAUGGUGAGUAUGCAGUAAUGUUGCAUAUGUGUGUGCUAUCACAAGCUCCUUACAUCAUCAAGAUCUCAAUCUUUGCGACGUAUUCUGUGUACUGCAAUGAUUUUGUUGUUUCACUGUAAUGUUAACUCAUCAUAUAAAGAAGUUGUUUUGUUCACAA